UCAUUGGGACGCAGCCGCCAGCCAAUAAGGAGGAGGGUCGUUUGGUCUGUGGGAGGGGACAAGUCUCCAGCGUGUAAGCUGCUCAAAUUUUAUUCUAACAGGUAGUUUAAAAACCAAACAGGUCAACAACGGCAAGGCAGAGGAGAUCUGCGGAGGACAUCUCUUCAGUCGUGUCGCGUCUCUGGAUAAUGCGCGCCGCGCCAUGCUGAGCAGGAAGGGCUCCUGUGCGGGGAUGAUGAUGGGCGCUGCGCCCGCAGUGGACCGCGGCAGGGUCGGCGAGAGGCUGCAGGCUGCCCUGGCCGGGCUGCAGGAGCUGCAUCUGCUCCGGGACAGACAGGGCGAGAUGGUGAGCUGGGCGCUCCGAGUGGACCGGGAGGAGCCGGUCACGGCUGUGCGCGCGGAGCCGCCGGACAGCCCGAAGAAGAUGGGAGAGGAGGAGCAGCGGCUGGAGGCGACCCUGUCCGCCCUGAAGCAACAGCUGUCUCGCCUUCGGAAACAGGAUGUAGGCUUGAAGACCCACUUGCAGCAGCUGGACCAGCAGAUCAGUGAGCUGAAGCUGGAUGUGAACAAAGCCUCCACAGAGCAGCUGGAGAGUGACAGCAGGCCAAGUUCAGGUUUCUAUGAACUCAGUGAUGGCGGAUCUUGUUCCCUGUCCAACUCCUGCACCUCAGUGUACAGUGAGUGCUUGUCCUCCUCUCAGACGAGCCUCCUUCUGGUUCCCACGAGUCCUGCUAAUUGUCACAUUAGCCCAUCACUGCAAGUUGAUGGAAGCCGUCGGCGUUCUGCUGAUGAGAGCAGCUCCCAUCCCAACCCUCCACGGGGCGCAGGCUUCCAUCUGGGCAGCAGCAGGAUCAGAGCAAGCGCUACAGGCGCCGAGCAGGCACGACCAAGACCUGUGUCAACAGGUGAUCUUGACAGGAUGAUGGCUCAAGGGCUGGGCUGCUACAAAUCUGUGGAUGCAAAGAAACCUCCAGUGUGCCCGAGCCUGAAAAGCUCGGUAAUGGACCCCAAGUUCCAACGUAAUCUGGAGUCACGCAGUGGGAGUGAAGUGUAUCAUUAUCCCAGCCCACUGCACGCUGUUGCACUCCAGAGCCCCAUCUUUUACCAUGGAGGAGAAACAGGCACACCAGAACAUCCAGAGGGGCGGCAAGGACCUCCCACACACUGCUAUGACUCUCUCCAGAGGACACAGAAUGGCUUUGAGUCAAGAACCUUGGGUUACAUCGACAAGAUCCUCCAGCGCAGCAUGAGCAAACUCCAGAGUGACACAGAUACAGAGACUUUGGAUGCACACAGCAACUACUGCCGAGAGUCCUCUGAAGACGUAACAAUGUUUUCUGAUGUGCCUCAGAAAAAAGUAUCUACAUCAAGGCCCCUUCCAGCUCAGACCACAAGCAUCAACCCUCAUGUAAGUGACCAGAAAAGACACUGCAUGAUUUACUCCAGCCAGGAGUCAGCUGUUAACUCAAACCACAAACAGCCGCAGAAAGCCCCAGAGGUUUCUUACCGCUACUCCUACCCUGCUGCCAUGAAAGAGUAUACCUCGGAUGAGGUGACCUACUCGUCCUUAAAGAAGAAUGAUAAACCAAAAUCAGGGCACUCCAACAUAGAAAGGAACUGGUCUGAGAAAAGACGUGCUGCUGAUCCAGAGUCAAGACCAAAUGAUAGAAACGGUCAUAGACAAAGAGCAGCAAUGGUUCACAGCUCCAGUACCGAGGAAAACCAAUGCUAUGAAGCUCACAGUGGGCAUGCAGCUUCACCUGAGUUUGUUCAUGCCAAGUUUGUUCCUGCUGGAUCUCAGAAGGUUAAGGUUCGACAGGCAGACCGCAAAACCAAAGCUGUCAAACUGAAGCGGAAGAGUAGCGACAAGCCACGAGCAAUGAGACAGCACCACAGCUACUCCUCUGGGGAAAGGACUAGAGAGACCAAUGCCAAGGGGGAGCCAAGAAGAUCAGGGAAGGGAAAACUCAAUCACAAAUUACCCACUGGACACACAGAGGAACACCGACAUGGUUCAGGCACAGACUGCUGCCCCCAUAGUCCAGGACUUGCGUGCACCCACAAGGGCCAACUGAAGCCUUAUCCCCUACCUGUUGCUGCCAAAUCCAGCAGAACUCGCAGGAUGCAGAAUGUGGAGUAUGAGCAGUCUGUGGAGCAAAGGAGAAGGAGGCACAUGAGCAUGAAAUGGCAACCAGAUGUUGAUAUGUUUCAGGCCUCUUGUGGUCAGUGUCAGCGGUCAAAAGAACCCCAAGCUCGGGCUCAGGGGAGCAUGCAGAUGGUCCGCAGUGUGAGCGCCAAGCCAGGUCAGUGGGUUGGUCCUGCACGUCCCUUCCACUCCUCCAUCUCCUCCAAUUCCUUCUUCCAAAGUCUCAAUGCCAGAUACCCUCCAGCACCUUUCCAGGUGUCCAGCCGCUACCCGCCCCGGUGCGAGUCCGAGUACUCAGCUGAAUGCGCCUCACUUUUUCACUCCACAAUUGCUGAGAGUAGCGAGGGAGAGAUGAGCGAUAACACCACCAAUCGCUUUGGAGAUAGUGAGUCGAGCCAGAGCUUCCAGUCCCUCUCUGACUCUGACAGCAGCCUGUCGCUGGAUGAUGACGGGGACCAGGUGGACAGCCCCGAGGAGGAGGGAGGCCUGGUUUGGGCUGACGCUGCAAUGGGGCCCACCGCCGCCGGACGACCCCUCAGGCAGCUCCCAGCCCGGCCCGAGCCAGCAGCCUGCCGCAUCAAAGCUUCCCGAGCCUUGAAGAAGAAGAUCCGGCGGUUCCAGCCGGCCUCCCUGAAGGUCAUGACCCUGGUGUAGAAAAGUUCCCCCAAGCAGAUGGAAAAAUCUGCAAAAUAAACACAUCUGUGGGAACUGCUUUUACCUCUUGGACUCUUAAAGCAAACAGGACUGACUGAUUUGUUAAAACUGAACAAACAUAAACCAAAACUGUUAAAAAAAAAAAAAAAAAAGUUCAUUAUUUUAAAGCAUGUAUAACAAAAUUAUCACAUUUAAUCUUGAUUUGAAAACAAAUAGUACUUUUGUGUGCUGUAAUCAAAUUUCUUUGUUGCAUGUGGCUGCAUUAGACAAUUUCAAGGACAUUUCUGCAAUGAAAGUAUCUGUACUUAAAAAAAAAACAAUCUUUACAGUUUAAUGGAAAAUAACUUUACCAUUCUGUUUUAAAUUUUCUUAAUGUUUAUAAUUUUUUCAUCAU